GUCUUCGUCAUCAUCAUUCAACUAAAGUAACGCGCAAGAUAAGGAGUCGCAGUCACACACUACAGACUACAGAGGCUUCCUUGGCAGAUCAGAGGGAGAGAGAGAGUGUGAAAGUUGGAAUGGCGAAAAAGGCAGUGUUGAUCGGAAUAAACUACCCAGGAACAAAGGCGGAGCUGAGAGGAUGCAUAAACGACGUGUGGAGAAUGCAUCGCUGCCUGAUCGAGCGAUACGGUUUCUCCGAAGACGACAUCACCGUUUUGAUCGACACGGACGAGUCCUACACGGAGCCCACCGGGAAGAACAUCCGGUCAGCGCUGACCAGGCUGGUCCGAUCGGCGGAGCCCGGGGACGUUCUGUUUGUGCACUACAGCGGACACGGCACGCGCCUCCCCGCGGAAACCGGAGAGGACGAUGACACUGGUUAUGAUGAAUGCAUUGUUCCUUCUGACAUGAACCUUAUCACCGAUGAUGAUUUCAGAGAAUUUGUUGAUGGGGUCCCUAGAGGUUGCAGGAUCACAAUUGUGUCUGAUUCUUGCCACAGUGGUGGCCUACUUGAAGAAGCUAAGGAGCAGAUAGGAGAGAGCACAAAGGGAGAGGAGGAACAAUCUAGCUCUGGCUUUGGAUUUUCAAGUUUUCUACAUCGGACUGUGGAAGAUGCCAUUGAGUCUCGCGGAUUCCAUAUCCCUUCAGCGUUGCGCCACAACAGAGGCAGGGAUGAUGAUGGUGAUGAAGCUCAAAAUAGGGAUAUUGAACUUCCGGAUGGGGGCUAUGUAAAGAACAGGUCUUUGCCCCUUUCAACCCUCAUUGAUAUACUCAAGCAGAAAACUGGGAAAGAUGAUAUAGAUGUUGGGAAACUGAGACCUACCCUUUUCGAUGUUUUUGGGGAAGAUGCUAGUCCUAAAGUGAAAAAGUUCAUGAAUGUUAUUUUUAACAAACUCCAACAUGGAAGUGAUGAAAGUGGGGGUGGAAUAUUGGGGCUGGUGGGUGGUCUUGCCCAAGAGUUUCUCAAGCAAAAGCUUGAUGACAAUGAUGAGGGAUAUGCAAAGCCUGCACUGGAGACAAAAGUGGAAAGUAAGCAUGAGGCAUACGCUGGACCAACCAAACGCGGCCUUCCGGAUGGUGGGAUAUUGAUGAGUGGAUGUCAGACUGACCAAACUUCUGCAGAUGCAAGUCCUGCAGGCAACGCUGCCAGUGCUUAUGGUGCUUUUAGCAAUGCGAUACAGGCUAUAAUUGAGGAGACUGAUGGUGCAAUCACAAACCAAGAACUUGUUCAAAGGGCAAGAGAGAAGCUGAAGAACUCCGGUUUCACACAAAAACCUGGACUCUAUUGCAGUGAUCACCAUGUUGAUGCUCCUUUUGUGUGUUGAUCUCUUCUCAUCUGAUGACUGAUGCAGAGAAAGAGAGAAUAAUGUGUGUUGUUUAUAGUAUGCUUGUGUAUUGCUGUAUAUGUUUGGACAAUCAAAUUGAAGUUAGUGUGUUUUCAUACAGUUUUCCUAUGCAUCACUAUUAUCAGGUACGGACCAUUCCCUCCAACAUUUUAGCACUUCUAAUGUCUCCGCUGAUUACAGCAUUAUGGUGUAUUUGCUGCUACUUGACCAUUUUGCGGGGAGACCAAACUAUCAGAGCAAGUUCUAUGCACCAAACCACAGACUUCGGCUCUGUAAAUCUGAAUAAAAUGGUGUAUGUGAAAUUAUUAUAAAAUAUAUGGUUAAGUUUUGUAUUUCCUUUGCAACAUUCUUGCAACUUUGUAAGGAUUUUAAUUUGUUGAACUUAGUUGUAGUAUACUUAUAAUGUUAUGUUUGUUUC